UUCCUAUACGCCAGGAAAAGUCGGCCACGACCUCCACCCAAUCACCAGCUGACACUCCCCCCUCCCCUCCCCUCCCCUCCCCCAUUUCUCUACCAAGAACUCUCCCCCUGGCCGCCGCUGCCUCUGGGUGCGAGCGAGGAGAUCCGUCUCUUUUCUGGCGCCGGCAAUCCCAGCAGCAACCCAGGGAGAUCGCCUUUUUGUCCUCCAGCCGGCCUUGAGCAGCAGCAGCAGCCGGAGAUCGAGAGCAGGCGAGCUGAGCCGAGCUGAGCGAUGAUGAUGAGGGAGCCGUGGAUGGAGGUGCUGCCGCCGGCGGCGAUGGGCUACUACGGCGGGCCGCGGGGCGCGGGCGGCUGGUUCACGGGGCAGCCGCGCGCCUGGACGGCGGACGAGAACAAGCAGUUCGAGCGGGCGCUGGCCGGGCUGGACCUGCGCAGCCCGGACUGGGACAAGGUGGCGCACGCCACCGGCAAGACGGUCCGCGAGGUCGUCGACCACUUCAAGAGCCUCGAGCUCGACGUCCGCCAGAUCGAGUCCGGCACCUUCCCCGGCCCCGGCCCCGGCUACGGCCCCGGCGCCUUCACCCUGCAGUGGGACGGCAGCGGCGGCCACGCCGGGGCCGGGGACUUCCGGCACGGCUACCGCUUCGGCGGCUGCGGCGGCGGGCGGCGGCACGGCGGCCGCACGCCGGAGCAGGAGAGGAAGAAGGGGGUGCCGUGGACCGAGGACGAGCACAAGUUGUUCCUCCUAGGCCUGAAGAAGUACGGCAAAGGGGACUGGAGGAACAUUUCGCGCAACUUCGUGCAGACGAGGACGCCGACGCAGGUGGCCAGCCACGCGCAGAAGUACUUCAUCAGGCUCAGCUCCGGUGGCGGCAAGGACAAGAGGAGGUCGAGCAUCCACGACAUCACCACGGUGCACCUGGACGACCAGCCCCCCUCGCCGUCCCAGUCAUCGAUGAUCACCCAGUCCAGCGCGCCGGCACCGAGCCCAGCAACGGGGCAGUACUCGCUGCCGGCCGACACCAAGCAGCACGGCGGAGCGAAUGCGCCAUACAAUUCGCCGCCGAGCUACGGCAUGGGUUUGCAAGAUCAAGGCCUGCAGUGUGGCCCUCUGCAUGAUCAGCUGGCCGCGAACCGGAGUAUGCUGUAUUAGAAGAUGCAGCCGUUCGAUCCAUUCCGACGCCACCGGUCAGAUGUCUAGUGUAAUAUGGCCCUUGCUGUAGCUUCACUGCCUGUAUUAUUAUUCAAGUAAGUAAUUGAUUAUGGGGAUUUUUCAGAACAUAGCAGAGAGAGAGAGAGAGAGAGAGAGAGAGAGAGAGAGAGAGAGAGAGAGAGAGAGAGAGAGAGAGAGGUAUGAUGCUGGUGAUGCUUUGGUAGUAGUCCAUAAUUUCUGGUGUGGAUACUGAGAGUGUAAGGGAAAAGGAUGUCUAGAACUUGAUGCUGUAGUAUCUUGAGACAGACAGGGAAUACUAGUGCUCAGUACUGAUCAUGUACAUUGUCAAGUGGACUUAAUUUUCAAUCUUCAUGGAUCCUGCUUUCUGGUCA